CACACACACACGCACGCGCGCAUCUAUAUAAAGGAGGCAAGCGUGUAAAAAAAACCGAGCACACUCCCACCCGCCCUUGUGCAGAUAACCAGAACGAUAGGGCGAGCAAUUAGGCUCGCGUGGCAGAUCCUAUAGCAAUUAAGCGGGCAUCGGAGAGCUUUGCCAUACACGAGCGUCACUGGCGACGCGGUGCAGGUGUUGUGCGUGCGUGACUUGAUCCGUUGACACGAUCUCCAGACAGACAUCGUCGUCGUCUUUUACCGGAAAGAGGAAUCAUGUCGUCAACUGAUGAGCCGACGAUAACCCAGCGCCCGGGCAGGGAGAAAGACUGCCACUCCGCCUCCAUCCCCGUGGAGUCGUGGGGCAAGGAAGGAGGACCCAGUCCGGCAGACUGGUUGAAGACCGCAGUGGCUGGUAGUGGUGGUGGUGGCGGCAGUUCAAAGAAGCCAGCGGGCGGAGAUGGUGACCUCCACGUGUCCACCACGAACAUCAUCACCACUACGGCGGGCGGCGGCGAUGGUUCGUGGGACGAGGUGGAUGGGCAAGCGAGGAGGACUGACGAGACGUCCAGAGAACUCUGCGACACAGAAGUGUCCGUGAUGACGAUGGAAAACGCCCAGACGUGGGACCAGAAAGGACUGCUGGAGAGCAGCAAGCGGCUGAAACCACACGAGGCGCAGAGUCUGCGCAAGAAAGCCCUCUGGGUGUCAUGGACCUCCAUCGCCGUCACCAUCAUCCUCUCCAUCUUCGCAUUCACGGUGUCCAUGCUGCGCUACAGCCCAUCUUCAUUCGGUUUUGCUGUGGACGCCACGCUGGACGUGCUGUCGUCCGUGAUCGUGGCCUGGCGCUACAACAACGCAGCGGCCGUGCACUCGGCCUACCGUGAAUACGUUGCCUGCUGCGUGCUCGGCGGCGUCUUCAUGCUCUCCUCCAUGUGCAUCAUCGGGAAGUCUUCGCACGACAUUGCUCACAAACUCGUGCCCAAAGUGGAUGCAUUUCUGCUGAGCGUGUCGGUGCUGAGCGGAGUUCUCUGCCUCGGCCUGGCUGGGGUGAAGUUCAUCCUGGCGAGGGCCCUCACCAGCCGGGCACUCAUGACCGAUGCCUUCAACUCGUUGGUGGGAGGCAUCAUGGGCUUCAGCAUUCUCUUCAGCGACGAGGUGUUCAAGCACAACCCGUCCGUGUGGUACAUGGACGGUCUCAUCGGCAUCCUCAUGGGCAUCAUUAUCAUGCUCUACGGUGUCAAGCUCCUAGUGGACAUGAUACCCAGAAUGAAACAAACACAGAGCUACGAAAGCAUGGACUAACAAUCUGCUGUGCCAGUGCCCUCCUCUGCAUUACACCUUGCUGUGCUCUCUUACUCUAUCUCAUACCUCCUUUUCCACGGCACACCCGAGCCGUGCCGGGACCGGGUCGAGCCAGCACGGCACGGGUCAGUAGGCGCCGAGCUUGCUUUUCCACUGCAGAAGCCGAGCCGAGCCGUGCCGUGCCGUCGACGUCGCACGCAAACGAACGGGUGGAGACGCACGUGGAUGACGCGCUGAUGCCGCAUCCUCGCAGCGCUGAAUGGCCCUUGGCCCUGGCUGACCGCAAGCCAGGGUCAAACGCAUCGUCAGGCCGGCGUAAGCGAGGUGUUUGGUUUUUAGCUCGGCACGGCAAAGUAGCCAGUGGAGAACGACCCCUUUUUGUGAGUGGCCCCCUUCCCCCCGCACUGGCUCGGCUUGGAUGUGCCAGUGGAACAGGGGUAUAUAUAUAUAUGUGUUCAACAAAAUUCACUUAUUAUAGUCUGUGGUGAUAGAAGGUCCACGUAGUUUAAUUGUAAGGGCAUAGCUUGCCACGUUUUCAGCAAAAGCACAAUGCUUUAUGAACUAGUACGGUUGCUGCGUUGCUGGAAUUGAGCGUUCAAUAUAAGCUCCACAAUAAUCGUAUCGUUGGUUUGACUAAAUACGGCUGUGCGUGAUCAUUUAAUUUCCUGCAAAAUAUUUAUGAAACAUGAAAAGCACAAUCAUCAAGUUCAAAAUAAACAGGUAUUACCCAUUUCAUCAGUGCUUUGCUAAAUGUGUUCCAGGGUAUUUCAUGGAUGGCGAUUAUACAACGUCAUAAUUUUCUUAGUUUCUUUGAAAUGUGUUUUUUUCACCUGUAUGACAGCACGUGCGUUUAAAAAGCGUCGUAAUGGUUUACCACGAUUAGAAUUUUCAAUGGCAGGUGUACGUUGAGUGAACUUCAGUUAAGCAAUUUCUAUUCCAACUGGAAGUACAGCAAAGCACACAGACGUUACACAAUAUGUGAAAUACAAUUAACAACUUAUGGCGAACUAAUAUCUAGAUAAUCGUCAUAUCAUAAAAAAAUGUAUAUCAUAUCGUUUCACAAAAAUUACAUCGCGGCAACCCUACUUACUAGCAAUUUUUUUUGUAGUAAAAACACUAAAAUACCAGCAGAUCACAAUGGAAAACUGCGCAAUUGUUAAAUCCAGCAAGCGGGCGAGGGGUUUGUGGAAUUAACAUUUAGACCAUCAGCCUAUCGGCCUUCUGGAUCUUACUUGACUUCUGACCACAUCUCGUUGGUACGCUCUUCGGUGGCGUCGGAGCUUCGACCGACGCAUCUCGUUGUUGGACGAAAACCGAGCGAACAUUAAAGAGGUAUGACCGCGACACACGCUUUUGUCCAAAUUGUGUUCCAGUAUAUCACGUCCGCCAUCACGUUCUUUAGCCCUCGCCCACGGGAUGAAGAAAUGUCUGUUCGGAAUUCUUGCGUGGCCUCGGUUUUUUUUAUUGGUGGGGGGGGGAACUCACAUUGGUCCACAUUUUGUGGACGCUGCUGCACUUGGACAAAUGUAAGUUAACAGCACGCAACGUAAUUUCGUUCGUGUGCGGUCAUUUGGUGAACCACCCCGAGACCAUUUAACUAGGAGCAAUUGGCAACGCAGUUUAAUUGCGGGCGGCUGAAACGUGGAUUUGAAUUCGGCAGUGCUGGCUUAGGGCUCUGACAUCGUAUCCACCCGGCCACCAAUUGAUACACAUUAAUUGUGAAGGCGUAUACGGCUGAUGGAUUAAACCUAAUGUUCCUCAUGGUGAUUAAACACACUCCCUAUUUAUUUCAAUACUAUUGUUCGAGGCUCCUUAUCUGCCACCUACUUGUGUGUUUACGUAAAAACAUUAUGGCAUGACGCAGUGCUGAACACAUGAGCACAGAAUUAUCCAAGCACAUUGUCUUAAACAAAUAUGUGGAAGGCAUUAACUGUCGGCAUUGUAUAAACGCUCGACAUUCACACUGUUAACACGCCAUUAAAUACACACAUCGGUUGCAGUGUUUACUUUUCAGACUUUUAUAAGCUAUGGGGUCAAUAUUGGGGGGGGGGGGAAAUUAA